AAUAUAAAAACAUUAAGAUAGCAUAGAGUUAUCUUGAAAGUGUUGUUCCAGCGCUUGAGUAUAUAUCUACGUGUGAAGGAGGCACUUUGUCAGUCCGGGUGCCUGCCUCAAUCCUCAGUCCAACCACUUCCUAUUGCAUUGGGCCCUGUCAGAUGACCACCUACCAACCUCCCCGCCCUCUCCUUUAAACAUUAAGUACUAAACACAAACAUAUCUAGACCCUUUUAAAAAGUGUUGUGUAUGGACCCCCUGUGUACAUAAUGGAUCUGGUGCUCACAUGGUGGAUUCUCCUUUCCUGUCUGAUCAAACAGGUGCAUUUAGAGUCUCACCUAUCAAAGCAAGAGUUUGCUAUCUUGGCCAUGGAUAAGAACCCAAAAUGUUUCACCAGGGAUCGAGAUGACUUCACUUGUUUUUGGGAAGCACCUGUUGGAAAGUCCUAUUAUUUUCUCUACAUAAUUAAUCAAAAAGAAAAAAGAUGUGAUGUGAAACAACAAAUUUAUGAGGAGAAGGACCUGUAUGUUUGCACAUUCCCAUCGAGUGGUGUCUUUUUGUUUAUCGACACACAACUCAUAGUGAUAGACAGAGACACCAACACAACCGUCUACAAUCGCACUGUCAAUGUGGAGAAUCAGCAUCUACUGUAUCCUCCAUCAAAUAUAUCCCUUCAUCUAACUGGCGAGGUGGGCCAAUUGUUAGUUAAAUGGAAAAAACCACUGAGGUCACAGUAUGAAAUUCGUUACAGCUCCAAACACACGUCAAGUACAGUUAGACAGGUUCCAAAACAUCCCCAUAAGUUAGUCUCUCUGAUCGCAGGAGAAAACUGCACAGUGCAAGUGAGAGCGAAGCCUAGGGCUUCAAACAUGUUUUGGAGUGAUUGGUCAAGUCCUGUAACAGCAAUGGUGCCACAAACAGCAGGUGACAUAGAAUUGAGGUGCCACACUCCUGAUCUGAGUCAAGCAUUAUGCAAAUGGAGAGGAGAAUUAUAUGAUGACGGCAGAUACAGCUUCCACUACAGGCAAAUGAACAGAAGUUCAUGGGACAUUUGGAAGUUGUGUUCCAAAGACAACAACACCGUCCACCAGUGUGUCCUGAAUGGCCAGGAAUCCAGUGUCUAUCAGUUUUACCUCAGUGCUGGACUGGAACCAUAUGGUCGGACUUUUUAUGAAGAGACUUUCAGAAUGAACAGCAGCAUCAAGACGAGGCCUCCGGGUGGUCUGAAAGCAAAGCCUGAGGAAAGAAGGCUUUGUUUGACAUGGGAUCCACCCUUUUUGAAGAUCUCCCAGUAUCUUAAGUACCAGAUCCGCUAUCAGCGUAAAGGAGACAGUGAGUGGAAGGAUUUUACAGCACUCAGUUCAAAGACCAGCACUUGUCUGGAUGUGCACCGAGGGAGCCAAUACACCAUCCAGGUCCGAGCCCAACCCAAUGGAUCUGUGUACAGCGGAGACUGGAGUGACUGGUCAAAACCUCUCACUGUCCUCUUACCUUUAGACAAAGAGUGGAUCUUUAUUGUUUGUAUACCAGUGGCUCUGCUCAUCAUUGCUUCUGCAAUGAUCUCUUUCUUCUCCAGAUACUUCCGUAAGGUCAAGAAGUCCUUGUGGCCAUCAGUCCCAAACCUUAACAAGGUGCUGGAAAGCUUCCUGGAUGAUAUCAGUGGAUCACAUUGGGAGCCAACCUUCAACAUUAAGCAAUGUGAUGAUGACACUGCUACAUCAGUGGUGGAGAUUCUACCCGAGAGGGAAGCUACAGUCAAACCCUGUAGGAAGUCUACCUGUCUUUCACCAUCUGAGCGUGGCUUCCUAUCUGGUGAAAAAAAUGGGGAGAAUUGCAGAGAGGAUUUGGAGAUGGCUCAAGAUUAUGUGAUUUUGAACAACGAUAAAAUUCCAUGCUUUACAGGGAAUGACUAUGUGUACAGGGAUGUUGCUUUAUCUCAUGUGACUAAUGAAAAACUACACUCCUGCCCAAGUACCUGUUCUACCACCUUCCCAGAAUGCUCCACAAAUAUCCUCAACCAUUCCUAUCUCCUUCUGGCAGAACAGUCUGACCUUGAAGAGUAUCACUCAGUCAGUCGCCAGUACACCAAUAUGGAGAUCACGGCAAGUGUAGAGUGAGGGUUUAAUCUUUGAUAAAUGAAACUCACGAAAAUGUAUAUAUAAGAGU